AGUGCCGUCCAGCGCGGCGAUAAGGAACGGCGCUGUUAUAGGAAAGGAGUGUUUUUCCGCGAGGUGUUUCCGAAAGUCCGCGGCCGGGGCAUCGAGAAAACGAGUGGAGUCGCGAUCCUAUAUCGCGACAUUCGCAUAGUUGCGAGUCGCAGAGAGAUUGAUUGUUAUUAAUAAAUCGUGCUACGAUCUCUAAACCAGGCAAGAUAAGGCAGUCAUGGAAUCGUCAGACAGGAAGAAUGUAUAUCUUACGAAAACUGGCGACAAUUCUUUAAAUUCUGGAAUGAGGGAGACUAUGAUCGUCGGUCAGACUAAUAUGGCACCAGAAUGUGGUGGUGAAGGUGUGAUGAAGCCCAAUAAUGUAUCCAACGUUUCUACCAAUCAAGCAAAAUGGUCCAGUAGUGGCCAGGGUAAAAAUUUCAUUAUCAAUGCAGUGCCAGUAAAAAACGAGAUUGUACAUCUUGAAGAUGGUAAUGCACAUUGCAACAAUAAGAAAAUGUACUAUUACGAUAGACACUAUACUGGACACGAAGAACCUGAGAGACCGACACGUAGAGGAACAAAGAGAUAUAGGGACAAGGAUGCACCAAAACGAGCACUAUCUGCGUUUUUCUACUUUUGCCAAGAGCUGCGUGGCAAGAUGAGAGAAUUACAUCCUGAGAUGGGCGUAGGUGAUAUCGCGAAAGAAUUAGGAAAAUUAUGGAUGAGCACGGAUCUACAGACGAAAUCCAAAUAUAUGGCCAUCGCGGAGGAAGAUAGAGCCCGAUAUGAAAGAGAAAUCAUUGCGUACAACAAGAGAGUUAAAAAUUAUGAUCCAGAAGAAGUUGGAACCGUAUAAAUGUGACUCAUGGGGACAGACAAGGAUGACAUUAUUCUAAUUCGAAUAUUCGAACUGCAACACGAUUUCAGGAUUUUAUUACUAACCUAGAAUUAUCGAUCGUUGUAUAUAUUAUGUAUACUGUUGAUAUUGUCCGGAAAAAAAA